UAUUAUUUUUAUUUUUAUUUUAAUUAUUAUUAUUAUUCUUAUUCUUCCAUGGCAAUGCCAUCGGGGAAUGUGGCCGUGCCGGACACAAAGGACAAGAUUCAGGCCAACGCCGCCGUCGCGUCCGGCGAUGUCUUCGGCCACCACCAGUACAGCCACCGGCCGCCCCCGCCGCAGCAGCAGUGGUUCGUCGACGAGCGCGACGGGUUCAUCUCGUGGCUGCGUGGGGAGUUUGCGGCCGCCAACGCGAUCAUAGACGGCCUCUGCCACCACCUGCGCACGAUCAGCGAGCCUGGCGAGUAUGACGCCGUGCUCGGCUGCAUCCAGCAGAGGCGGUGCAACUGGAACGCUGUGCUCUAUAUGCAGCAGUACUUCCCCGUCACGGAGGUCAUGCAAACGUUGAAACAGGCGGCGUGGCGGCGGCAGCACCAGCAGCAGCACCAUCAUCAGCACAGGCAUUUCGAUCCAGUCAAAGUAGGCGGCAAGGAUUAUAGGAGAUCCGGCUCGGGGUAUAGGCUGGGGCCGAGAAGCGAGAGUGCCCGAGAAGGCCACAAUUCCGGUCUAGAAACUAGCGUUAGCGAUUCGGGGGCUGCCGGUGCAGAGAAGGGCGAGAAAGGAAAUGAGAAAUGCGAAGAGAGCAAGGAUGUUGUCAAGCCUGUCGAUGCAAGCAUCGCAAAUGUGGAGGAAGAGAAAGGUCCUGCCACAAAUUCUUUUGCUAAUAUUAGCUUGAAGGAUUCAGGUGGUACAGUGAUAGUUCCGGGUGAUGGUGCUGAAUCUGAAGCUGAGAUGGCAAGUCAUAGCUCCACAACACCCUCUAGAGACCAAAACUCUAACAUGAAGCAAGGCGUCGAUGCUGUUCCUAAAACUUUUGUCGCUAACGAGUUGGUUGAUGGAAGGACGGUCAAUGCAGUUGAUGGACUGAAGUUUUAUGAAUCACUAUUGGAUGACAAAGAAGUCAAGAAACUCGUUUCAUUGGCAAAUGAUUUAAGGGCAGCAGGAAGAAAAGGACAAUCUCAAGGUCAGUAUAUAACCUCGAAGAGACCCAUGAAGGGACAUGGCAGAGAGAUGAUUCAACUAGGCGUGCCAGUUGCUGAUGCACCUGUCGAAGUAGAGAAUGUCGGAAUAUCUAGAGACAGAACUAUCCCUGCCUUACUGCAAGAUGUUAUUGAACGUGUAGUUGGCAUGCAGAUCAUGACAGUGAAGCCAGAUUCUUGCAUCAUUGAUUUCUUUAACGAGGGUGACCAUUCACAGCCUCACUCUUGGCCACAUUGGUAUGGGCGUCCAGUUUGUGUUCUGUUUCUAACAGAAUGUGACAUGACAUUUGGGAGAGUCAUUGCAAUAAACCAACCAGGGGACUUCAAGGGCGCUCUCAAGCUGUCUCUUGCACCUGGGUCACUGCUUGUGAUGCAAGGAAAAUCAUCAGAUUUUGCUAGGCAUGCAAUUCCGUCCCUUCGCAAACAGCGGAUACUCAUCACCUUCACAAAAUGUCAGCCAAAGAAAUCCACACUUGGCGAAAACCGCUUUUCGCCACCGACCGUUGUUCAACCUUCCCAUUGGGUCCCGUCUUCCCAACGAUCUUUCAACAAUGUUCCUCAUCCUGCAGGAUCGAAGCAAUUCGCAUCUGCCUCAACGGCUAAUGUGUUGCCACCUCCUAUUCAUCCACCAAUACCGACACCAAACGGUAUCCAGCCCCUCCUAAUGCCACAAGCUGUUGUGCCGGCCAUACCUUUCCAAGCCCCAGUACCAAUCGCAGCUGCUUCAACCGGAUGGACGGCGGCUCCUCCACGCCAUCCACCACCUCAUCCCCCAGUUCCUGGAACUGGUGUCUUCCUUCCUCCUCCUGGCUCCGGUAAUCCGUCCUCUCCUGGACACCUAUCUACUAAUGCUACUGAAAUUAACCUUAUUCCAGAGACCCGAGAAAAUGGUAUGGGGAAGCUUGAUCAUAGCCCGAGUGCUUCCAUGAAUGAAAAAUCAGACGUACAACUAGGAAGACAAGAAGUCAAUGGAAGUAUAGAAGCCCAAAGGGAUAUGGCCAAGGAAGGAAAAAAUGAAGGUGCUGAUAAAAGGUUGUCGAGCAAGCCAAGUAGAGCAGCUUAGAAGAGGGAACGUGAGAGUAGGAGGCUGCAAGGAGAUUUGAGUUUGAAGCAAAUGUAAAGAGCGGCGAAAUUUGAGUGGGUAGACACGUCACACGUCCUGGGAGUACAUUUAAUUUUACUUCUCUGGCGCUCCUUUCUCUUUUUGUUGUGCUAUUAUACAACUCCUAGGAAAUGUAUGGGACUACAUUACAAGCUCAGUAACAUUGAGUUACAGAAAAUUGAUUUUGCCCAGAUGAA